AUACCCUCUAUCACUCUUUCUCUAAACUCUCAGAUGGCGUCAAAUUACUUCACAAGCACCGCUUAUAGAACCAAUUCUUCCUCAUUCCUGCCAAAACCCUACCUUUCCUCACUCAAUCCGGCGCAUUCGCCGCUCAAAUCCUUGAAUACUACACAGCGUUCAACAUCUGGUAAGAAAAACCCAGUCUUUUGCACAUUCACAGCUCACCCAAUGAAGGAAGUUGAAAAGAGUGAUAAAGAUGAAGUCCUCCUCAGGCCAGACUCUUUCGGUCGGUUCGGCAAGUUCGGUGGUAAGUAUGUCCCGGAAACUUUAAUGUAUGCCCUAACGGAGCUCGAAUCUGCUUUUCGAUCUCUCGCGGACGACCACGAAUUCCAGAAAGAACUUGAUGGGAUAUUGAAAGAUUAUGUUGGUAGAGAGAGUCCUCUUUAUUUUGCUGAGAGGCUAACUGAACACUAUAAACGCCCCAAUGGUGAAGGACCUCAUAUCUAUCUCAAGAGGGAAGAUCUUAACCACACUGGUGCUCAUAAGAUCAACAAUGCUGUGGCUCAAGCUCUUCUGGCUAAGCGUAUAGGUAAGACACGCAUUAUUGCUGAAACAGGGGCUGGUCAGCAUGGAGUUGCCACUGCAACUGUUUGUGCUAGGUUUGGCUUACCAUGUAUUAUCUACAUGGGAGCUCAAGAUAUGGAAAGACAGGCACUUAAUGUCUUCAGAAUGCGACUUCUUGGAGCUGAGGUUAGAGCAGUUCAUUCAGGAACAGCAACCUUAAAGGAUGCGACAUCUGAAGCUAUAAGGGACUGGGUUACUAACGUGGAGUCAACCCAUUAUAUAUUGGGAUCGGUUGCUGGUCCACAUCCAUACCCUAUGAUGGUUCGAGAGUUUCAUGCAGUGAUUGGUAAGGAAACAAGGAGACAAGCCAUGGACAAAUGGGGAGGAAAGCCUGAUGUUCUAGUUGCUUGUGUUGGUGGAGGUUCAAAUGCUAUGGGACUGUUUCAUGAAUUUGUUGACGAUAAAGAAGUUAGAUUGAUUGGAGUUGAAGCUGCUGGUUUUGGUAUUGAUAGUGGUAAGCAUGCUGCUACUUUGACUAAAGGAGAAGUUGGAGUUUUACAUGGAGCAAUGAGUUACUUAUUGCAGGACGACGAUGGGCAGAUAAUCGAGCCUCAUUCCAUUAGUGCCGGACUGGAUUAUCCUGGAGUUGGGCCAGAACAUAGUUUCUUGAAGGAUUUAGGACGUGCUGAAUACUAUAGCAUCACAGAUGAAGAGGCAUUGGAUGCUUUCAAGAGAUUAUCUCGUUUGGAGGGAAUUAUCCCAGCACUUGAGACAUCGCAUGCACUGGCUUAUCUGGAGUAUCUUUGCCCUACACUCGAAAAUGGAACUAAAGUGGUUUUAAAUUGCAGUGGGAGAGGAGACAAGGAUGUUCAUACCGUCACCAAACAUUUGAAGCUCUAAUAAUGGAAGAAGAUUAAAUUGGUAAUAAAUUGGUAUGAUUUGGCAUUGACAGUUAAUUUACCUUGAAUAAUAUAUGGUUUUAUAAUAUGUAACUUCAGAUUAAUCUGGUGGUUGUGUCUCAAGUCUCAACAAGAAAUCAAGAACCCUUGUUUUCUUGUCUACCAUUUGUACAAUUUGGAUCAUUUGAAAAUUAUUUCUGGAGUUGGAAUUGUAUGA